AUGAACUUGGUUUACACAACCUCCGCUUUCUCCAAAUUUUAUAAACAGUCCAUUGUUUCCGAUGUCAGUAACAACAACAAUGGAGGCCUUCUUAUUCAUUUCUGGAUCGUAUUUGUGGUACCACAGGCUAAAGGCCAAGUGUUCUGUGAGGACUGUGUGGCUGCCAUUUUAAAGGACUCUAUUCAGACAAGUAUCAUCAACCGGACCUCAGUGGGGAGCCUUCAAGGGCUUGCAGUCGACAUGGACUCCAUUGUGUUGAGUGCUGGGCUACGAUCAGAUUAUUCAUCAACAACUGGAACAGGAACAAAUUGCAUAUAUGAUCUAUAUGCAGAUCGUCUGCAUCAGCACUUUCCACUGGACAUCACUGCUACCUCCGGGAGGAUGAUUUGUUAUUUCAAACUGAUUGCAUUAGUGGGCCAUCUAAUUCGUCUCUCAAUAGCAUCUAUUCACAUUGAAGCAGAUAACUGCAUCACUGACUCACUGACCAUUUAUGACUCCUUGAUGCCAAUCAAAAGUAAGAUACUCUACCGAAUUUGUGAACCAACCAUCUCAUUAAUGUCAUUUGUUUCCACAAAUAACCUGAUGCUGGUAACGUUUAAGUCAACACAAAUACAGCAACUGAAGGAAGUUCAUGGGUACUUUGAGGUCAUUACACAAGAAAAAUGUGGAAAAACGAUAUUGACAAAAGAGAAAACUGGCUUUGAGGGGCGAAUUAUGAGUCCAUAUUAUCCAAGCUACUAUCCUCCAAAAUGCAUUUGUACAUGGAACUUUCAGACUCCUCAGAAGAGCCUGGGUAUAGCACUGAAGUUUCAUAACUACACUAUCAGUGAGAAGAGCAUCAAGGGCUGUGAGCGGGGAUGGUGGAGAAUUAAUGAACACAUGUACUGUGGUUACUACAUUGAUCACCAAACAGUUUUCCACGUUGCAAGCUCUGUAGUUAACAUUGAGCUUCAGUGUAGUUCCAAGCUUUCAGAGCAGCCGCUUCUGGUGGAAUAUGGCAGCUACAACAUCAGCCAACCGUGUCCAGCCGAGUACUUCAAAUGUUCCACUGGCCUAUGCAUUGAGCAGGCUCAGCGUUGUGAUGGCAUAAAUGACUGCUUUGAUGAAAGCGAUGAACUCUUUUGUGCUGUGCCCAAAGAGAACUGUAAUGCCAGCUUCUUGAUGCAGUAUACUUCACUUGCCUGCAAUGGAAUACAUGACUGUGAGGAUGGCAGAGAUGAGCAGAACUGCACCAAAAGUAUUCCUUGUGCCAACCAUACUUUCAAGUGCAGAGAUAAUAUUUGCAUUAGAAAGCAAAAUGCAAAGUGUGAUGGGACAGCGGACUGUCUUGAUGGAAGUGAUGAAAGUAAUUGCAGCUGCGGCAGCAGUAAAAUCAGCGAUAUCUACCAUCGAAUCAUAGGAGGCUCUGAUGCACAAGAAGGUGAAUGGCCCUGGCAAGUCAGCCUCCAUUUUGUUGGAGUUGCUUAUUGUGGGGCAUCGGUGAUCUCUAGGGAAUGGCUUCUGUCGGCAGCUCAUUGUUUUCAAGGAAACAGGCUAUCCGAUCCUCGAACUUGGACUGCGCACUUAGGCAUGCGCACUCAAGGGAAUGCCAAGUUUGUGUCUGCGGUGAGAAGAAUCAUCGUUCACGAAUACUAUAACAGCAGAAACUAUGACUAUGAUGUUGCACUGCUACAGCUAAGCAUGCCAUGGCCUGACACAAUGAAACACGUCAUUCAGCCGAUCUGCAUACCUCCACUUUCACAUAAAACACACAGUGGCGAGAAGUGCUGGAUAACAGGCUGGGGUCAAAGGCAAGAAGCAAAUAACCAGGGUUCAGCAAUUCUGCAGAAAGCGGAGGUAGAAAUUGUUGACCAAACAUUGUGUCAUUCCACAUAUGGGAUUAUCACAGCCCGGAUGCUAUGUGCGGGGGUAAUGUCUGGGAUGAAAGAUGGCUGCAAAGGUGAUUCUGGAGGACCCCUGUCAUGUCGAAGCAACGGUGAUGGAAAGUGGUUUUUGACUGGCAUUGUUAGCUGGGGUUAUGGCUGUGGAAGACCAAAUUUCCCUGGUGUAUACACAAGGGUGUCAAAGUUUUCUCCGUGGAUUCACAGAUAUGUGCCUUUGGUUUUGUAA